AUGGAUAUGCAAUCUACCGACUAUGAGGUCUGGAAAAUAAUUUGUGAUGGUGCCAAAAUCCCCACCAAAACCAUAGACUACCGUAAGAUUCCCAAACUUGAGAGUGAAUGGACCUGUGCUGGCUAUAAAGAUACUCAAGCGAAUGCCAAAGCUGUUAAUAUGUUAUAUUGUGCACUUGAUGCUAUUGUGUUCAAUAGGAUUUGUACAUGUGAAACAACAAAAGACAUAUGGGAAAAACUUGUAAUAACUCAUGAGGAAACAACUCAUGUUAAAAAGUCUAGAGUGAGUUUGCUUGUUCAUAGUGAUCAGCUCUUCGAAAUGAAACAUGAUGAAACUAUCUCCCAAAUGUUUACUCGUUUUACUGAUAUUAUAAAUAGUUUGAAAUCUCUUGGUAAAAUUUAUAUUAAUGUUGAAGUUUCCAAAAAGGUGCUCAGAUCAUUGCCAAAAAGCUGGGAAAACAAAGUUAUUGCUAUCAUAGAAGCCAGGGAUUUAUUAACCCUAAGUCAUUAUGAGUUAGAGGGAGUGGAAUUCCUUCCUCCAAUCCCUCUGUGA